GGGAAGAUUGCUCAGCUUGGAACAAGAUGGUCUUUAGGGUCCCUUCCAAGCCCAAGCACCCAGGGAUUCCAUCAUUCUAGGAUCUCCCUUGUCCACUUCAGCCUGGGCCUGGGCUCCUGGCAGUGAUGUCACAGUGCACGCUCCAGCUAGAACUUCCAGCAUCCAGCAACAGCCACAACACAACCCUUGGCUCGUUGUGUCAGGACGCUCUUCACAGUGCUCCAAACCUACCCCUGCCACCUUGUUAUCUCCUGCUCCCUGAUUCCCCCAGCAGUCCCUAAAGCUCCCCAUCGUGUUCAUUUUGCUAUCCAUCCUUGCACAAUGUCUGCAUUUUCUCCAAAGAAGACUGUCACAGACAGAGAGGAGGAGAUGGAGGUUGAUACACCAAUUAAUAGUGAAGAGAGAAUGGAGGUGGAUGAAGAGAACAUUGGAGAUGAAGAGAUGGACAUAGAUGUGGAUGAGACGGAAGAAGAAAUGGAAGUGGAAAUGAAUGAUGAUAUUGAGGACAUGGAAAUUGAUAUAGAAGACGAGGAGGAGGACAUGGUGUUGGGAUGAAGACCGAUGCCAGAAGCAGAACAGGCAGGUGCUCCCCACAGGCAGAGUAGGUCCCCUGCUGCCAGGCUGGGGCUGGGCUGGGCACUCCCUGCUCAGGGACACGCUACCCCAUGCAGUGGAUUCUGGUGGCCAUCCCUGGCCUGGCCUGAGCUUGCUUUGGGCCACACAAGCCCUGUUCCAGUGCUUGGGCCACAGCCCCCAGCCCCAGCCAGGCUCACUUCUGGCAGCAGAGUCCCACUGUGCCAGUGUCCCAUCCUGGCAGCACAUGGAACACCCCUCCAUGCCUGACUGCACUGACCGUGCUACUUGUUUUCCUUCCAGGACUGAGGCACAUCCCGGGCAGAGAUGCCACCCAUCUGUAUAUAUGUUUUACAGUUGUGUUCAGAUCGAAGUUUUAGAGUUUGCUGUAGUGUUCUGUAAAUAUGUUCCAUAUAGUUUAAUUAGAUAUGUUCUUAGGUAAAUAGGUUCUAUAGUUUGUUGUUGUUGUUGUUGUUACAAAUAUUCUUACAAUGUAAAUAUGUUGUGUAGUUCAUUCUUGUUCCUUUUCUUCUACAA